AUGAAAACCGAACAACCAAAUGAAUCUUCACGCUCAUCGUGUGAGCCACCCUCGGAAACUUCGCUCGAGAAGCCACCAUCUCCAAGAGAUGUCCACGGUGUUAAGUGGGCUUUAGUGGUUAUUGCGUUGCUGUCAUCCUUGUUCUUGUAUGCACUUGACAACACAGUGGUGGCCAAUGUUCAGCCAAAAGUCGUUGAAACCUUUGGCCACGUAAGCCUGGUUCCUUGGCUGGGUGUUUCUUUUGCUCUAGCUUCCGCUGCCACGACCUUAAUCUGGUCCAAGGCCUACGGCACUUUCUCCGCAAAGAAGCUUUACAUCGGAAGCACAGCCGUGUUCAUGGGUGCAUCGGCUCUCUGCGGUGGUGCUCCAGAUAUCAACAGCUUUAUCGUCGGUCGUGCCAUUGCAGGCGUUGGUGGCUGUGGGAUGUAUAUGGGUCUGUUAACUCUGAUGUCGGUGACCACAGACAACGUUGAACGUCCCAAAUAUCUCAGCCUGACUGGGUUCAUCUGGGGUGUCGGCACAGUUCUGGGGCCAGUAAUUGGCGGCGCCCUUGGUGACAGCAAGGCAACCUGGCGUUGGGCAUUUUAUCUGAACCUGCUAGUCGGGGCGGUCGCAGCACCAGUUUACUUCAUCCUCUUGCCCGACUUCAGACCUCAGAAGGAUGUGCCCAUUCUCAAGCGCUUUGGCCAGAUUGACUACAUUGGAGCGUUGCUAUCCAUUGGUACUUUCCUAUGCUCGAUUAUGGCAAUGAACCUCGGCGGAGUUUUGUGGACAUGGAGCAGCUCGAACAGCAUCGGCCUCUUUGUGGGCGCCGGUGUAUUGUUCAUCCUGUUUGGGAUUCAACAAAGCUAUACCAUCGGAACCAGCCUUGAGGACCGCAUGUUUCCCAUGCACUUUUGGAAGAGCCGUACCUUGAUUGUUCUCUUUUUUACCAUGAUGUUGGCGACCUUUGGUAGCUUCAUCGGCAUCUAUUACUUGCCCAUCUACUACCAAUUCGCUCGUGGAAGCACGGCCGUUGAGACAUCUGUACAUCUCCUGCCCUUUAUCCUACUCCUAGUCGCCUUCAAUCUGAUCAACGGGCAAUACAUGGGCAAGACCGGCUAUUAUUACCCUUGGUACAUUGCUGGAGCUGCUCUCGAGUUGAUCGGCGGUGUUCUCCUCUACACCGUGGACGAACACACAUCUGAUGCCAAGAUCUACGGUUACACUAUCAUCCUUGGUACCGGUGUCGGCUGCUUCUGCCAAGCCGGAUUCGCGAUCGCACAGAUGAAGGUCAAGCCUGAGGAGAUCCCCUACUGUGUGGGUUUUAUGACGGUCGGCCAGAUGAUGGGAAUCGUCUUCGGCACUGGUAUCUCCGGCGCUCUGUUUGUCAACUACGCGCAACAGGCCCUGGCAAAGGUAUUCCCAAAUGCCAGCGAGGACGAGCUCUCGGACGCCAUCUCAGGCGUGGGCAGCCAGCUCCUCCGCUCUGCAAGCUCCGAGGAAUAUGCUGCGGCCAUCCACGGUAUCACUGAGGCGAUCCAGUGUGCUUACGUGCCUAUCAUCGCUGCCGGAGCCAUUUGCUUGGUCUGCAGCUUGCUGAUGAAGCACGAGAAAGUCUUUGUCACAGGGGCCUUCUCUUGA